UCUAUCAUCCAUCGCAAUGGGCAACCUGAGACUGUUGGCUAACAAGAUGGAUGAAGCCCUGACAAGGACUCAGUAUAGGAAAUGCAGUGCAGUGUGUUUUACUGAGAAACGGCUGCAGCGUCACAUCCCAGACUCAAACGUCUCUGGCAGCUUUCCACAGAGAUUUACAGAGCAGGAAAAGAGAAGGAGGUGGAUUAGCAUUGCUAAUCAACAACAAAUGGUGUCACCAGGACGUGUUUCUGUGAAGUGUCAUCUCCCUGUCCAGACACUGACCUCUUGGCAGUACGUCUCCGUUCAUAUUAUUUUCCAACAGAGAUCUGUUUUACACUAAUAUCAAGGGUUCAUACAUCUCAUAAGGAAGACCUUUUCUGGGAAAAUCAGAUCACAACCUUGUUUUUCUGUGCUCAGAUUAUAAAGAACUUGUGCAGAGACUAAAGAAAAUGGCUGCAACAAAGGGCCUAUAGGAAGGUGAAGAAGCCCUGAAGGGACGAGGCAACAGACUGGAUUGCUCUUUGCCAGCCACAUGGAAACGACAUCAAUGUCAUGACUGAGUGUGUGACUGACGUUAUAAACUUCUGUGUGGACAACACCAUCUCCACCAGAACAGUGCUUCCCUAAGGACAAACUCUGGAUCACCAAUAAACUAAAGGAACAAUCGUCUCGUCUUGUAUGUGAAGGAAACAAAAGACGGAUUGUAGAAAGAUUGUAGAUUUCAGGAGAAACAGGGUUAGAUCGACAUGUGGAACCUCUGGAGAUGAUGGUUCGAAGAAGGAUUUCUCAUUGAAUCUACUAAGAAAUGUUCCCUAGAAAUUGUGUGAAAAUAUCCUGCAAGAUCCAGAAAUCCACCCUGGACAUUGUGGCAAGUUUCAGGUCAUUGGUGGACAUGGACCAGGCUUUCAUAUCAGUUAUUUAAUGUUUUGUACCAUGCUUACUUACCAUAACAUAUUUCAGAACAUUUUGAAAAACAUUGAAAGUCCUUUCAGAAGCCUGGAGAACCAUUGAUCAGGAAGAUAUUGCCAAUUGAAAGGAAAAGCAUCAACAUGUGACAAACUGGAGGUUUUGGACAUUUUUGAUUAUUCUAUAAAUAUUCUCUAAGAAGUGAUUUAAUUGCCUUAUUUUUCUCAGAUUUAUUCCACCGUGUAUGUUUAUUUAAAAUUCAGAGUUGAGCACGCUCACUCUCUGUCUUGUCAACCAUUCUGUUUGGCUUUGUCAUAGUGUUCGACUAUCGCUGAUAGAGGCAUAAAGCCUGCGAUAAGAAGGUGAACUUUGACUCUGCUCCAGAUAAAUAAUGUGGUAAACAUGGUCAUCACCUCAAUAAAUCCCAUAAAUCUCACCUGCGUCUGCAUCAGGGAGGCAUUGUUGUCCAUCUGUAGGGUGAAGAUCAUUGAAAAUAGUGAAGCAAGGAAAUUUGUUCUGUUUAAUCCCCAAAAAUCAUUUUUGCUUGUGUUUGGGAGCUUAAAUUGAUCUGUUCCUCAGAGAUGAUCAGGGAGAGGAAUAGGAGUUGUUGCAAUUGAUUGCAACCAUUAGAAGAAAGGGAACCAUACCGAGAACCAAUCUGCUGAACCCAACCAACAUUAAAGCAACCAUUAGUCUGGAGUCCUGUCAGGAGGCCGGCUCGGUUCUCUAGCAAACACCUCCUGUUGUGAUUGCUUUCAGGGAAAAACAUUUCCUGGUAUCUCAGGUUCCCUCUAAUAAAAGGCCUCAGAGAUUUUCUGCUCCAUUUUCUUUACCAAAAGCUUCCAACGUGACCGUCACAGGAACUUUCUCUCCGUCGUAAAACUGUUAGAGCAACUUUGCGCCACAAACACGUCUCUCUGUCCAAGGGGCCAACCUCCUGUCAUCGACCAUCACUGAGGCCACGUUUACUGCUUUACUGCCCGGCCCUCCAGGCCACUCUGACAGCAUGGGUUUCCUAACCGCUCAGAUUAUUCUGAAUCAUUUCACUUAAGGGCCCAGAUGCUACCUGUCUGUUGGCCUUUGCUGAGAGGGUGAUUAAGGCAGGCUGGUGUGGGGUAAAUGCACCAUACUUCUGCCUGAGUGGCUGCGUCUCCUUAUCUGUCAUCAUGUCGUGUGCACCUCGCCCCCAACGCGCCCACUUUGUGGCCACCGCCUCCUUUGUUGCUGUUGUCACCCGACUGUGGAGCUUUUACUUCUGCGUCAGAGUUGAGUGUGCACCAUGGAGGAAGAGCUCGGCCCGCCCUCCAUCGCUGACCAGCAGAAUGUGAGCGGAGACGACACCAGGAUGGAUGUCCAGGUGGUCUGCUUGGCUUAGAUGCUCCUGUUUGAUCGGUCAUGGUAAACCGAGAGAAAUCUUGGUUCUUCAGCAGACUCGUCUAAAGCGAUGGAUCUUACAGUCUUAGACUGCGUUGCUCUUUCAGUUUACAGCUUCACCUUCCUCCUGGGACUUCCUGCCAACCUGCUCGUCUUCUUCGUGUACAUCCGUAAGGCUCGCAAACACGGUGCCACGCCCAACGUGGUCUACGCCCUUAACCUGUGUCUGGCCAACUUGGCACUCAUAGCCUGGAUGCCCAUAAAGGUUCUAGAGACGGUACUGAAGGACUGGAGGCUGCCACCACCCUUAUGCCCGGUUUACAGCUUCUUCCUCUACUCCUCUCUGUAUGUCAGCUGCCUCUUCAUCACUGCUGUCACGAUUGGGCGAUACCUCAGCAUCGCUUACCCCAUCAUCUACAAGAUAUACCGCCGUGCCAGACUGUCCUGCUACAUCUGCGUCGCCUUGUGGGCAUUGGUGAUGGUACACCUUGGGAUUGGCCUGAUGGCUGAAGGCGGGGCUUAUUUCAUCGGUGUCCAGGAUGAAGUCUCUACCUGUUACGAAUAUUUCAACGCAACGCAGCUGAAGAUCCUGCUUCCUCUUCGCUUGGAGAUGGCCCUCGUCUUGUUCAUUUUGCCUCUGAUUGUCACUUCCUUUUGCACGCUGCGCUGCGUCACUCUGGUGUGGCGCUCAAAUUUGCCUCCUUUGGGCAAGAGAAGAGUCCUGGUAGUGGCCCUGUCCACAUUGGCCGUAUUUGUGAUCUGCUACGCCCCCUACAACUCUUCGCACAUCGUAGGAUUUGUUCAGCAGGAAAGCGUUAAAUGGAGGACAACAGCAAUGCUGACGAGCUCCUGCAAUGUCUUCCUGGAGCCAGUGGUGAUGCUGAUGCUUUCACCUGGUGUGUCGAGGGGCUUCCUGGGAAGAAUCUGUGGCCGGCAGAGUCACUUCAGGUGGAGUGAUGGGUGUCGACAUCGAGCGAAAGCCACCAGCGGGUUUGCAAAUACCAAGGUUCCACCCAUAACAUCUGCCAAGAUGCGGGCGGAGGCCGAGGUGACGAGAGAAAGUCAAGGAUGCGACGACGAACCAAACAAAUCCACCAUCUUUCAUAUCCAUGUCUGAACCAGCACAGAUUUGGGAACUUUAUUGUUCCCAGUCAUGUUUCUUGUAGCUUUCAACCAAAUGUUUCUGUGGAUGAAAGAAACUGGUGAACAUGACAGAGUGAGGACUCAUGAAUUCACCAGUUUUCCUCAUGUCAACGUUUUUACCAUGACUCUUUUAUUCCCUGAGAGCAACAAACUAUUAUUCCUCAGGAACGUAUCUUUAGGAUGGAUUUAAAGUUGAAUUUCUACUUACUUGAAGUCUUUUUUAAAGCAGUGGCGUCAUUUGAUCAUGAGGGAAACUGAUCUGUUUGUCGUCCAACUAGCAGUUACUGAAAUAUUCAUUUCUCUUUUAUAACUGAUAUAAUAAAACAACCUUAAUUAAGUCAAAUUUCAAAUAUUUAACUACAAUUUAAUGUCUAAAACCAAUUAGUUCCAUUAAUAUACAAAUAAAUGUUUCUCAAUCAUUAGACAAAGUUUUUCUCAGAAACCUUGUUUGUGUUUGGACUAUUGUUGGAUUCCCAGAGUAAACAGGAAGGAUUUUUAAAACCUUUUUUACUUGAACUGGAUGUUUUCUGUACAGCCCCUUAAUGCUUUAUUUUUACAACUGAUGCAUUAAAAAUUAACUGAAUUAAAUGAAAUUAACUCUUUUA